GAGGUGAGGUUUGCCUGCGUCACGUGACGGGCAGGACGGGGGUGUGUAUCUCCCCGCCGAGUGUCCCGGCGGAAGAGUGGAGGGAGUCGGCUGAAAGGUCGCCGCUGGGGGAGACCAGGCACCAGAGGGCGGCGCGGCCUGGCGCUGGGGAACCGGAGGCACGCCAGUCACGACGGACACCGCCGGAGCCAACGCGGCGGCCGGGGCGCAGCCACCCUCGCUGCCGCCGCCGCCGCCUCCGCCCAGGAUGUCUCGCCGAAAGAGAAAUGCAGGCAGCAGUUCUGAUGGGACUGAGGACUCCGAUUUCUCUACGGACCCAGAGCAUACGGACAGUUCAGAAAGUGAUGGCAAUUUACGCCAGUCCGCACGUGUGACUCGCUCUUCUGCGAGACUCAGCCAGAGUUCUCAAGAUUCCAGUCCAGUUCGAAACCCCCCAUCAUUUGCAGGAGAGGAGCCUGUUUAUUCUACUCGGAGAGUAACCCGCAGCCAGCAACAGCCCACACCUGUGACUCCCAAAAAAUAUCCGCUUCGGCAAACCCGCUCAUCUGGAUCAGAAACAGAGCAAGUGGUGGACUUUUCAGAUAGAGACACUAAAAAUGCGGCCGACCAUGAUGAGUCUCCACCCCGCACGCCAACAGGGAAUGCCCCAUCGUCGGAAUCUGACAUCGAUAUCUCCAGCCCCAACAUGUCUCAUGAUGAGAGCAUUGCCAAGGAUAUGUCUAUGAAGGAUUCUGGAAGUGAUCUGUCCCAUCGUCCCAAGCGCCGUCGCUUUCAUGAAAGCUACAAUUUCAACAUGAAAUGUCCCACCCCUGGCUGCAAUUCUUUAGGACAUCUGACUGGAAAACAUGAAAGACACUUUUCCAUAUCCGGAUGUCCGCUAUAUCAUAACCUUUCAGCGGAUGAAUGCAAGGUAAGAGCCCAGAGCCGGGACAAACAAGUUGAGGACAGGAUGCUGUCUCAUCGACAAGAUGACAAUAAUAGACAUGCCACCAGACAUCAGGCACCAACCGAAAGACAAUUAAGGUACAAAGAGAAAGUAGCAGAGAUGAGAAAGAAGAGGAAUGCAGGGCUGACAAAGGAGCAGAAGGAAAAAUACAUGGAACACAGACAAGCCUAUGGAGACACAAGAGAGCCCCUUUUAGAAAACCUGACCAGCGAAUAUGACCUAGAGCUGUUCCGGCGAGCGCAAGCAAGAGCAUCAGAGGAUCUGGAGAAACUGAGACUUCAGGGCCAGAUCACAGAAGGCAGCAACAUGAUCAAGACUAUUGCUUUUGGCCGCUAUGAGCUGGACACAUGGUACCAUUCUCCCUAUCCAGAGGAAUAUGCACGGCUGGGGCGCCUCUACAUGUGUGAGUUUUGCCUCAAAUACAUGAAGAGCCAAACGAUACUACGCAGGCACAUGGCAAAAUGUGUCUGGAAGCACCCUCCAGGCGAUGAAAUUUAUCGUAAAGGCUCCAUUUCGGUGUUUGAAGUAGAUGGGAAAAAGAACAAGAUCUAUUGCCAGAACCUGUGCCUUUUGGCAAAGCUAUUCUUAGACCACAAGACUCUAUACUAUGAUGUUGAGCCCUUUCUCUUCUAUGUCAUGACAGAAGCAGACAACACUGGCUGCCAUCUGAUAGGCUAUUUUUCCAAGGAAAAGAACUCAUUCCUUAACUACAACGUUUCUUGUAUCCUGACGAUGCCUCAGUAUAUGAGACAGGGUUACGGCAAAAUGCUUAUUGACUUCAGCUACUUACUAUCAAAAGUGGAAGAGAAGGUUGGUUCCCCAGAGCGACCGCUUUCAGAUCUGGGUCUUAUUAGCUACCGUAGUUACUGGAAGGAGGUUCUUCUCCGUUAUCUGCAUAACUUUCAAGGCAAAGAAAUCUCCAUCAAAGAAAUCAGCCAGGAAACAGCUGUCAAUCCUGUUGACAUUGUUAGCACUCUGCAGGCGCUUCAGAUGCUCAAGUAUUGGAAAGGCAAACAUCUGGUUUUGAAGAGACAGGAUCUUAUUGAUGAAUGGAUAGCCAAAGAGGCCAAACGAUCCAACAGCAAUAAAAGCAUGGAUCCCAGCUGUUUGAAAUGGACCCCUCCCAAGGGCACUUAACUUGAUCUAUCGCUCCAAGGAGUGUGGACACCCCUCCAUGUGACGCCACCCACUUCAUGAUCCUCUUUCCUUUCCCAGCGUUACCAACUGCCUUUGGGAUUGUGGACGUGCCAUUGAUGUUCAUCCCAGCCCCCUUCCUUUCACAUAUUUCCAGGAAAUCCCCUUCUUGGGAAUGUUUUGACCCACAUACUCUGUACACAGGGCAGUGCUGAAUUGAUCUGGAUAUCCUGUUAGUGUGACCCCAAGAGUGGUGGGUGAACAGUAAUACCUUGUCCUGGCCCUUUCCAUUUGCUGCUUCCUUAGCCACAUGGGCAUAGUCCAAAAGGUUGUGUUGUAUCCUACACUUGUUUUUUGUUCUUUCAAGCUGCUGCUUCCACUGCAGCAUCAUAUAGCUCUAGUGCACAUAUGGAGCAGAAGAAAGUGAUAAAGUCUGUUAGGAUUUCUGGGAGUUGAAGGCCAAAACAUCUAGGGACCCACAUAUUGAGAACCACUGUUCUAGAUGCUUUUCUAUUCACUCAGACCAACAAUAUUUUUUACCAAAUACUCAAUUCGACAGUUGAAUAAACAGUUCUUCAGUAGCAACCUACAAUGGGACCAAGGCUUUCAAAAGUGUGUGUGUGUUUGGGGCCCCAGAUGUUUUGGCCUUCAGCUCCUCGAAAUCCUAACAGCUGGCAAACUGGCUGGGAUUUCUGGGAGCUGUAGGCCAAAACACUUGGGGGCCCACAGGUUGAGAACCACUAACUUAGUGCAUCAGUUUGAUCUUGGUCUCUCCCUUGAGUGACUGACAGAGGAGAAACAGGAAGAGAUGGAAUCUUUUGUAGUGAACUAUGGGUGCGACUAUUAUGCGAGGAAUUCUUAAAUACCAAAGUUCUUGGCAUUCAUUUGGCAAUAUAAGUAUUAAACUCAAUUAGCUUCAAGGUAUGGGUGGGUAUGUUGUGAUCUCAAGGAGAGGAUGGGUAAAUUGCAAUUUAAGUCAGUUCUCAUCUGACCUAGCCAGUGAUGAGAGACGAUUGGUUUCGGUCUAGUAACAGCUAGAGGGCUACAGGUUACCUUCAAAAUUAAGUAGAAAAAAGGCAAAAUUAAAACUCAGUCUAGUACCCUUCUUUAACUGUUCAUUGAAAUGACUAAAUCCAGAAAGUUCCUGAAUAAAUUAGACUCAAACUCACACUGAUCACCAGUAUGAAAUUUAUUCCUUCUUUGCAGGACCACAAAUGCAUUACGUAAUUGUACUCUGACUCCAGCAUUGGGAAUUCAGGGCCUAGAAGCCUUAAUGCUGAGGUGUUCUAUAUAGCAGCAAGAGCCACAGUGUGUUAAUUAACAUGCACAGGUACCUGGUGAGGUCACAUGCCUCACAACUAUAAGCCACAAAAUCCCAUCUUGCACCUAUCCAGCACCUCUUGGCUAAUUAUCUCCUAUAAAAUUCCCUUGGUAUGAGACCUUGAAAAUAUCUGGCAAGAGAGUGAAAUGUGUUUCAAAAUUAGAAGUUUCGUUUGGAUUACAGCUUGUAGAAUUCUUUAACCAAGCCAGUAAUUUAAGAUGGCAGUUAAACUAAAGUAGUUACUAUCCCCAACAGUAACCUCUCUCAACUUUUUACUCUCUUUUCAGUAUGCCUUAAGGCAAUUGGAUGUGACUUGCACAUCAUUCAUUUCCAAACAGUGUAGAAAUAUUUUUAAAAAAUAUAUAAUGUUAGAGGAAACUCCUUUCAUCCCUGGCCUUUGGGAGACAUGGUAGUCAUUCCUUUAGCCUCUGUAGAGUAACUCCUGGCAGUAGAAGCAUAUGUAAAACUGCACUGUUUAAAAGUGGACUUCUUUCAAAAUAACAAAAAAGGGAUUUUUUUUUGUUUUCCCCAUCUUGCAACAAGAUGGGAAAGCCCAUCUUUGUCUAGUACUGAUCCUUUUGGAAAUAUUCCAGUGGUUGCCUCUUGUUUUUUUGGCUCCCGUGUUCUCUUUUCACCCAAAAUCCGACAAAGUUUGUCUUUAUGUGCUAACAUCUAUCAAACUUAACAUCUAGAUUCUGGCAAAUGGAGGGGUGGUAUUCUCCUUUGUGAGGAGAAUUACUUCAAACAAGUUUAGGAGGAUAGGAGAAGAAACAUCUGAGUGACCAAUGGAAAAGCCUAGUUGAAAACAAACUACUUGACAUUGACCAGACCCAUCACUUCCUCAGGCCCUCUGGAUCUGGGGCAAGGUUGCUUUGCUGAUGUCCGCAGAAAGACCCACCACUACUGAAAAAGUCCUGAGCAGCUCCUCAUCCAUUUCUCAGGCGGUUUUCUCUAGUUCUUUGGCCAGGCUUGGUUCUAUCAAGGCUUUGGCCAAAACAUUUAUGGUUGCCGAAAGGGCUCCCUCUAAGUCCACGAGGUAUUGAUCCUCAUCCUCCCAUGUAGACCUCCUUCAGGGGCAGCUCAUGUAUUGUUGAGACCAGUGUUGUGGCAAAGUGCUUGUACCGGUUUUCAAAUUGGGUACAUUGCUUGGUUAUGGGGUUUGUCCAGGACUUUGCCAAGCUUCCUUUCUCUCACUGUCUGCUCCAGCAAACGUUUUCCCCACUUAACCUCUCUUUGGAGCCUGUCAGCUUCCUUAGAGAGGAUAAGGAAGUUCCUCUCUUUCCUCCUGCAAAUGGGCCAUGUUUUUCUCCAUCUUUAUAGUUGCAUAGGGCAGGAGUAAAGAUUUGAGAGUCCAGCAUCUCAAUCCACGAAUCAGUACUAGAGCGUUUGCUUGGCCUGCUUGGAGGCUGUCACUUUAGACUUUGAAACUUGUGUUUUAUCUAUAAUGGCUGAAAAGUUAAAAGUCCAGCUGACCACCUCUAUGCAUUUUGAGCAUGAUGGAAUAUAUCUCUAGUUUCUGCCAAAGUUUUGCAUUUAGGAAUAUGCCUUUUGGGUAAGACAACCUGCUUCUGGCUUUUCAGAGUGUGCAGGCUACUUUUUGAGACAGACUUCCUAAAUGAUUUCCCCCCCAAAUUUCAUAUAUGGGGAUGGCAUAAUUCUUCCUCCUCUUUACUUCAGCUUGGCACCCAGCUCCAUCCCGCCGCACAGGUUUUCAUGCCAUUCUGUCAAACCAAGCUGCUAUCACCACUGAGCAUGUGUUUGAAAUUGGCCAUUCUUGUACAGAAGCAAAUAUCUCAGUUUCUUGGAUGUUAGAAUAUGCUACCAGUAUCUACUUCUCAAUAAAGCAUGUUCUCUGGUCCA